GUGGGCUAUUGAAUUCUUUAUCGCUGCUUAAUAAGUGUAGAAGCUACCAUCCCUGACACUGCACUUAAUUGGAAAUAUCUUCCAACUACCGGAAGCUCCUGACCUAAGACGAUUGAAUGUAAAUAGGUUCAUAUAGGUAAAAUAAUUAUAAUAUUUCAUUUGCUAAAUUAAGCGAUUUACUUUCCCUGAAAGGAGGCUGGUGAUAAAAUCUGCAUCCGGAGAAAAACUACCAAAAAUAGCUUCUCAGAAAAUGUGGCUGAGAGGAGAAAUAAAAGAGCAGCAGAACAAAAUGACUGCAUUACUGACUGCAUUAAUUAUAGCCGACCAUAUGGUGGAAAAUAACAAAUAUGGAGAAAGACAGUCCAACAUUAUCCUCCAUCGCUCACUAUGGAUCCUCAGCUCCUCCCCCAUGCGUGCGGGGCUUCAUUUGAUCAAAUCCUUCAACUUGGACCAAUAUGCUCAGCCGCACUUUUUACAACACUGCAUUUGGGCAACGCCACAACUUGCGCAGCACUUCCUCUUCCACAGCCGAGCGGCAUUUUACACCCCGAGAGGGCAGAGAGAAGAGUGGGGAAACGGACUUUUUUCAUCCACAGCAUCCUUCUCUGCCUCAGCAAUGGAGAGGGAGGUCAUAUUUUGCCCAAAGUGGCACAGUGCGUUUAGUUUUUUGCUUUUGCUCUGUUUCUUUCACGCCGCCAAAGCUGAGAUAACUUGUAGGUCAUGCCAGCCUGGAAAUAUGUGGCGUGCACGGGAAUUACUGCUGAAAUUCGACAGAAGUGAAACCGCAACAGGAUUAAAGGGAGAAGUUUUUGGACAUGGAGAUGGGACAGGGAGAUUCGGGGCUGCAAGUGCUGAAAGUCGGCGGCUCCGUUGCGUAGCUGGGUCCGCUGAAUGCCCUCCAGAUCGGACGGAAUACACGGAGCCAAGGCUGAAACGGAAUAACGUUACAGACAGCCUGCACGCAAAAGGCGAAAUUGGUGAGAGCGAGUUUGCAAAGAUGAAAGUUUCUUAUGUCAGUAUGAGUGGUCAGCAGAAGGCCAGCUAUGGUGCAGGUUUUACCUCUGCCACCCGGUACAGAAAGCGCGCCAGAAGGAACAGUGACGAUAAUAAAGUCAGAUCCCCCGGUUCAGCCCAGAGUCAAGACCCGGGAGAGGGCGUGAGCUCGGCGGCUGGACGCAGAGUGACGCGCUCUGAAUUGCGCUUGAGCGGAGAGGAGCGGAGAGCCGCCGGUCCGAGGCAGGAGGAGCUAAAACUUAACAGUUCAACGUUCGCGUUGACCGGGGAUUCAUCUCACAACCAGGCUAUGGUGCACUGGUCCGGGCAGAACAGCAGUGUGAUUUUGAUGCUGACCAAACUAUUUGACUUCAACCUCAACAGUGUGACUGAGAGUUCAUUAUGGAGGUCAACUGACUACGGAGCAACGUACCAGAAGCUGAAUGACAAAGUAGGAGCAAAGACAAUACUCAGUUAUUUGUACGUGAGCCCUAACAACAAGCGAAAGAUCAUGCUGCUAACUGAUCCAGAGGUGGAAAGCAGUCUACUGAUCAGCGCUGAUGAAGGAGCUACCUACCAGAAGUACAGGCUGAACUUUUACAUCCUCAGCCUGCUCUUCCACCCUGAGCAGGAGGACUGGAUUCUGGCCUACAGCCACGACCAAAAGCUCUACAGCUCGGUGGAGUUUGGGAGGAGGUGGCAGCUGGUGCAUGAGGGAGUGGCUCCCAAUCGUUUCUACUGGUCGAAAAUGGGUUUGGACAAAGAGCCAGGCUUAAUUCACCUGGAAACCAGUAUCUCUGAAGGACAGUCGCUGUAUGUCACCUGCAAGCUGCAGAACUGCACAGAUGCCAACAAGGGCAAACCAUUCCCCGGAUACAUUGACCCCAAUUCUCUGGUGGUGCAAGAUGAGUAUGUGUUUGUCCAGGUAUCAACCACGGGGAGGCCAAUCUACUAUGUGUCUGCUAAAAGAGAUGUCUUUACACCCAUGAAGCUGCCCAAGUACACCCUGCCGAAGGACCUGCACGUGAUCAGCACGGAUGAAAACCGUGUGGUUGCAGCUGUACAGGAGUGGAACCAGAACGAAACCUACAACCUGUACGUGUCGGACACGUCGGGGGUCUACUACACCCUUGCUCUGGAGAACGUGGUCAGCAGCAUGGGCCCCGAGGGCAACGUCAUGGUCGACCUCUAUGAGGUAGCGGGAAUAAAGGGGAUGUUCCUAGCCAACCAAAAGGCGGAUAACCAAGUGAAGACGCACAUCACCUACAACAGAGGCAGAGACUGGAGGUUACUGCAGGCCCCGAGCAAAGACCUGAGGGGCAACAGCAUCCAUUGUGUGCUACCAUACUGUUCAUUACAUCUCCAUCUUCAUGUGUCUGCAAAUCCCUACACAUCUGGAAACAUAGCCAGCAGGGACUCAGCGCCGGGGAUCAUUGUCGCAUCAGGCUCCAUCGGCGCAGAGCUGACCACCAGCAACGUCAGUGUAUUUAUUACCUCGGAUGCAGGAAACACAUGGAGACAGAUCUUCGACGAGGAGUAUGCAGUGCUGUAUCUCGACCAAGGAGGAGCCUUAGUCGCAAUAAGACACACUCCGCUUCCCAUCCGACACCUGUGGUUGAGCUUUGACGAAGGACAGCAGUGGAACAAGUACAGCUUCACCAACACGCCUCUGUUUGUGGACGGGGUGCUGGGAGAGCCUGGGGAGGAGACUCUCAUCAUGACGAUAUUCGGCCACGUCAGUCAUCGCUCAGAAUGGCAGCUGGUGAAAAUAGACUUCAGGUCCAUCUUCAACAGGAGGUGCACAGAGGCGGAUUAUCAGACGUGGCACCUACACAACCAGGGCGAUCCGUGCCUCAUGGGAGUGAAAAGAAUCUACCGGAAGCUUAAGCCCACGUCCAGGUGCGUUAUGGGAAAGAUGUACUCUGUGUCGAUGACGUCGGGCCCCUGUGACUGUACAGAGGCUGACUUUGAAUGUGAUUAUGGCUAUGAGAGACGGACCAACGGCAAGUGCACACCGGCCUUUUGGUUCCAUCCAUCAUCGAUGUCCAGGAGUUGCACCACAGGGAUGACUUUCCUUAACAGCACUGGCUAUAGGAAAGUGGUCUCUAAUAACUGUACAGCUGGAGUAAGCAUGGAGUACACAGCCAGGAGGCAGCAGUGUCCCAUCCAAGCACCCAAAGGUCUCCACCUGGUCACCAGCGAGGGCACGCUGACAGCCAUUCUGGGCACCAAUGUCACCUUCCUUGUUUUUCUGGAGGAGGGCGACGGGGCGAGGACAAGCAUCACGCUGGACUUUGGAGACGGCCACGCUCUGACCUACUCCAAUGUGAGCUCUAUUGAGGACGGGAUCAAACACAUCUACAAAGCUGUGGGAAUCUACCGGGUGACUGCCACUGGGGAGAACAGCCUCGGCUCAGAGACUACCAUGCUCUACCUGCAUGUAACAUGUCAGCUGGAGUAUAUCCAUCUCUCAGCUCCCUUUGUGGCGGUGAGGAAUAAGGAAGUGAACCUGACUGCUGUUCUGUGGCCCAGCCAAGUGGGAACGGUCACCUACAUCUGGUGGAUCGGAAAUAACACAGAGCAGCCAGUAAUCACCCUAGAGGGAAGUGUGGCGUGCACGUUCUCCCGGGAAGGCAUCAGUACAGUCACUGUGCAGGUGUCUGCAGGGAAUGCUAUUCUGCAGGACAGAAAAAACAUUGCUGUCCACGACUAUUUCCGAUCUCAUCUGCUCGCCUUUUCAUCAAACCUGGAUGACCACAACCCUGAUGUUGCAGAAUGGAGGCUGGAUGUGAGCAGAGUCAUCAAGAACUCUCUGAUCCAGGCCACAGGCGUGAGAGAGGAUCAGCUUCUGGUCACCAUCCUACCAGGUUUACCCACAGCAGCAGAGUUUUUCCUUCUACCUGACAAACAGUUAACUGAGGGGAAACCAGAGAAGAGCUCUGCUCAUUUAGAUCAGCUCUCUGAGGUUUUGCUCAGCACCUUAAAUCAAAACCUUGUCCAGUUCACGUUGCGGCCAGGGGUCCAAGUCACUGUGUACGCAGCACACCUAUCAGCAGCGCCCCUAGUGGACACCAGCGAGAACCACAGUGGCUCUGCCAUGCUAAUGCUGCUAUCAGUAGUGGUUGUGGGUUUAGCUGUAUUUGUCAUCUACAAAUUCAAGAGGAAGAUCCCAGGCCUCAACGUCUAUGCGCAGAUGCAGAACGAAAAAGAACAAGAAAUGAGUCCAGCCAAUCCAACAGAGGCCACGCCCAGUUCACAGCGGGACUUGGUGCAUUCUUUGGAGAUUCUGGACACAGAGUUUAACUCACGGCCCAUCGAAGUGAAAUGGUCCGGUCACGGGGUGAACGACAGCUAAACAAAAAUGAGAUAUAUGAAACCUCACGUACAUGUGAAAUUCUCCACAGAACUCCCCACGUACAUCGUCUAAACUCUGGACUGCAUUACCAUUCUAGCUGCAUCAUGGAUAUUUUUUACCAUUUGGGACGCAAUGGUUUUGAGCUUUAUACCUGUGCAUGUUGGACCCUGCUGACACAUUCUGUGAUCUGUUCAAACCAGAAGAAACUAUGUACAGGUUUUAAAUUUUCUUUUAACAUGUCCGAUAAAUUAAACAUUUUACAAAUUCCAUUUAUUUAUACAAGUCAGAUACAUAAUUCAGAGGGAACGCCAGCAUGAACUAGAGAGGGGGAAAAAAAAAAAAAAAGCAACAAUGUUUUGGUUUUGCUUACAUAUCUGAGAUUGGUUUGCUGUUCUCUGAAGCUAACAGCAGCAGUGUACUAUUUAUUCAUAUGAAUAUACUUUUAUGAAGUAUGUUAUUGAAGUGAAUUACACAUUUAUUUUGUAAAGUCAUGAAUGUCUAUGUUAUAAAUUUGUGUAUUUCAAUAACAAAUGUCAUACUAAACAGAAAUACCGUUGUAAAAUAUGAAUAGGGUACUUUAAGCUUAAGCUUUUGGUCCAUUGUCUCUUGGAAAGCUGAUUUAUGGCACAAUACACAUUUUCUACUGAAAUAUUUAUUUUUUUCUGAUUUUAAUUUAUUAACAGAAAUACAGGGUUUGAUUUUCUGGAUUAAUUUAACAUUUGCUGUUAAUCUAAUGCUUCUGGUACUAUUUAUGAUACAUACCAGUUUGGAAAAUGUUUUGUGCUUCAGAAUAAGAGACCACUCAAUGGCUAAGGUGCUUACACCGCACCUUUCGACUGCAAGUGAUCCCCAGAUAUCGCCAGACAUUACACCUGUUAGGAGUAGAAGAAGAAACGGGGACGACGACAGGAGGACUAUCCCACAAAGAAAAGUAUUUCAAAGUCGUCCUCAGCCACACCCUGGUCACAGCCAGCAUCCAUACUGGAGGCAGAGUACAAUUUAUCAAGAUUUAAGGAGACAGUUAAAAUGAGAUACAACUACUUUGUGGGGAAAUCCAAAGAGCAUGGCAGCGAGGAAGAGAGAGGCAGAGAGAGAGGUUAAGAGAGAUGGAAGAGUGCUUGUCGGGGUUGUGACGCAUUAAGAGUGUUCUAUUGGACAGAAUAAGAAGAAGUCGACUUCUUGAAUACUUAAUGUGGCAAGUCAAGCUCAAGGCUGGCUAAGGUUGGUGACACAUUCAGGCUAAUGUCCUGACCCUCUCUCGAGUAGCACCCAUCUUCAUCCCAGCUCGUUAGAUCUCACUGUAGGAGCAGGAGAACUAGAGCGCAGAUGCUGCCAGGCUACACGGAUGGUUAGCUUGUUCAGAGGACUGUCAAGCCCUGUGGUACUUUGCGAAGUCUGACAGAUGUAAAUGCCUGAUUGGCGCCUUUCAAAUCUUCACAGGCAACUUUUCUGGAUUUAUUUUCCCUUUUUUACUAUUUUUUACUUUGUGGAGAUGUGCAAAUACAGAGGGAGUGUGGUUUUGUCAGCACUGGAUGAUCUUUUCAUCUUUUCAUAUGUUUUAAUUGUUCAGUCGUAGCUGUACAGAAAUUGCCACAGUAGAUUCACCUACAACAUAAUCAGUAGAGAAUGUAAGCAUGGACCACACAGAUGAGUGACAAUUGGACACUUACAUGCAACACACACCAGCUGCUUUGCGUAGCGUUGCUUCAUUUAACCUCUGUAACAGUGAAGACCCACUGAACACUAAGCCAAGUGAGGAGAAGUUUGCUGCAAUUCAUUUUAGAUGAGACUCAAGUGAAUUGUGCUUCUCAAGCCGUUGUGGGAUAUUAGGGGAGGCGCAGUGAUCAAAGAAUGUGUAGGGGUUAAAAAUUGAAAACCUAAUCCAAAUGAGGGUAAAAUACCUUUGUAGCUCUGUAGUGACUUGCCAAAAAAUCAACAAAGAAAAAAUGACGCCGUGGUGGUGGUUUAUCUGCUGUGGGAUUGCUCUUUAGUAGGACUCUUGCCUUUAAGAUUACAGCUACAAACGAAUACGAAGUGAUGCUUUUGACACAAAGUCACAUAAAUUGUUGAAGUAAGUGGUAGGUUGCUUACAAGGUUGGACUACCAACCAGGCAAUUGGCCCCAGAACCUCGGGGGGACCCGAAGGUGCCAGAUUCACUGUGUAUAAAUUAGUUUGGGAUAAUCAAAUUAAUUGCAAAUAUGUUUGUCAAUAAUUAAUUCACCAUUAUUAAAUUAUUAAAAUUCAUUAUAAAUUGAAAUGAUAAAGGACUUAAGACAGCAUUUGCAUCAUUACCUAAUCCAUUUGUGCUCAAAUUUUUCUCAAUGUUUUUAUGCACAUAAUCAUGUUAACUGAGUCCCAUGUGCACGUGUUCUGCAUUUAUUUCCUCCAUUGCGUGCUCUCUUUUCUAGAAAAUCUUAUUUGAAUGAGAGGCGACUACAGUUGCCGGGGGGCACAUACCUUGUAUCUAAUAGUGAAAUGUGAAUUAGAGUGCAAAAAAAUUUACAUGUAAUUCAAAUUACAUUUUUACAACAGAACUGUCAAAUUUUUUUUAUGUAAAACAAGUGUGAGAACAAGUCUGUGUGACAUCAAAAAGGUGGCCUGUAGCCUCAUUUGUUUUAAAAUUGUUUAUAAAAGUGCUUAAAAUGUUUAAAACAUUAAUUACAAUGCCUCACAUGGGCUUAGUGAAUUCAAAAACAGUUCCGUGAAAAUAAACUAAGUAAAAUAAAGUUACAAGGAUGUCCAAAACCUCUGCCAAGGUAUACCUGGGAAAACAAAUAAGAACAUAAUUGACUAAUAAUUGGUAGCAAGUAACCGGUGAUUAUUGUGUAGCAUAUGAAAUGUUAACUCAUUACUGUCUGAAUUGCCACAUCUUAAAGCAGCACUAUGUAUCUUCUGGAGAAAGAUAGUUGAUUGUGGAGUCUCAUUCAACAACACACUCAUAGUGGCUCAGACCGAAACCCAACCCAAAACGCUGGCCUUUGAUGAUGUGGGAAUGAGACUCCACAGUCAUCUGUCUUUCUCCAGAAGUUACAUAGUGUUGCUUUAAAGCCACUAUUUGGUGGAUUAGUGUACGUUUUGCUGAUGCCUGUCAAAGGUACAAAAAUUAUAUUGUAUAAUAUGCACACUCGCGCACACAAACACACACACACACACACACACACACACAGUGGUCAAACCUGCACUAUAUAACUUUUUUCAUGGAAAAUAUAGCUUCUUUAGCAAUCUAAAGUUGAGCUGACCAAGAGAAUACCAUCCCAACAGCAAUGCAUGAAACCCAGCAGAAUUGCUCGCGAAAUCUUGCAAACGGGAAGUUAUUAGAACUACAUAAAAGGCUACAGUCUUACGAAUAUGUAUAUAACAUAAAUGUGUACUUAAAGAAAACACUUAAAGAAAAUUAUUUUGCCAUUUUCUCUCAUCCUCCUCGUUUAUCUCUGUGUAAAACACUAAGGAGUUACCUCUUGUAGCCACAGGGGGCUACCAUUUUGUAAAACUUACAUCAUUUGAAAUGGUUCUAUUUUUGCAAAACAAUUCCAAUUCUACAUCUCUCUUCAUGGACAACAGUGUUAAACAUGUCCUCACUGUCCUCACUGUAUUUGACAUCAUUCGGUCCUGGUCUACCACACAGUGCAACGCUGUCAGCGCUAACAUUAGCUACGUCAGCGCUAAUAUUAGCUACCAAACACUAGCGUUAAACUAAUUACACUAAUGUUAGUAGUUCCAAAUUCCAAAGUGCUACAUCUCCUCAUUCUUUUGUAUUUGCUAGCAGCUAACUGAACCGGAAACUGCUGCUUUGCACUGGACGGUAGCCCAGGAGGACCGAAUGGUGUCAAACACUGGGGAAGGACAUGCCUUUGAACACUGAAAUGCUCAUUACCUCAGAAAGGGGUAACAUCUCUGGAUUAAUAUGAACAAUGGUACAUCAUUCUAGCAUUAAAAAUGAGCAAGAUAUGAGCAAUCCCACCGACGGUGUUUCAUACUUUUCACAUUAUUGCUAAAGCUUUUGCCCACCGGGAACUAUGGCUGCCACUUGGACAAAUGAUUCCAUACACAAAAAAACUAUACGUCCGAUGUAAUAUUUGUUUUGUUUGGGUGAGUCUAGAGACUUUCAUGAUUAAGUAGAUAUAUAUUUAUCAACAAAAAACAAAAAUAAUGUAAAUUAUUAUAUGAAAAUUAUCUUUUCUUGGGAGGGUUUGUCUUUGCCAUGCCCUCAGGAAGUUGUCUACUCACAUAUCAUUGAUAUAUAAAACGUGUAUAACAUUUAGAAAUGUAUUUAUAAGUCAAAAAUGAAUCAUACACUUUGGCAACUAUAGUUGCCGUUGGGCUUAAAUGGGUUGUAGAGGGGCCCUGAGUUUUAAUCUAGUCUUCCUUUUAUGUUCUCUAGUAUGUUAUGCUACAUGGUGCAUUUUUAAGUUACCACAAACAAAUUACUAACUAACACAUACACAAUGCACAGAGAUUGGGAGAAAUUGGAGGGUCAAGAGGGGUCCACAUCUCAUGUUGCCCUGGGGCCCCCGAGUGGGUUAUUCCGGCCCUGGUUGCUAUAUUUACGCAAUGCUAGCUAACAAGCAAGCUAUUUGCUACGUUUGCAGGUGUUUGCUUGCCCACAGUGCAUAGCCAACAGUUGCAUGGGCAGUGUUACUUGAUUGUUUCGCUUCUGGUGGCUCUCCACCAGAACACACACUGGACAUCACGAUGAUGAUCAGCUUUUCCUCUAUUUUAUUAUGUUUUGUAGUUAAGUGGAGUAAAAAACAACUUUGUCCUUCUGUUAAACAAGAGAAUCAAGACAAGCAUGAUUGGGUGUUGGUUGAUCUCAAGUGUCAGAGGGCACUAGCAACCCUCAACUUCCUUACGUUGCACUGCUGAGCAACUUUAGAGUCUUUGGGUAGUGGUGGACAGCGGCACAGUAAAUCUGUUUAAAAUGAAGCGUUUAUAUUUCAAAGCUGCAUGCUAAGAUGAUUUUGGUAACAAUUCUGCUUCUUUCUUCAUUUCAAUUGUAGUUAUGCGUGUUCCAUCUGAGGUUGCAGGACAGAUUUAUCUUGUUCCAUUGCAAGGGUAAUUUUACAUACUGGUGGUUGGAUUUUUGUAAAUCAGUAACAUCAAUGAAAUGUCUUAGAAUAUAGCAAUUAGGGCUGGGUAUCAGUACUCAAUACCUUUAAGGUAUCGACCGAAAUAACCCAGUACCAAGUAGUAUCGACAUGUCUCCAGUCAAACGAUACCUGCAUUCGAUCCUUUUUGUAUCCAGAUCUAGAAAAUAAUUAAUCACCGCAAGUGUUCUUCAAUUUAAUGCUAUCUGUGAUUGGCCCACUACUGCAGCUACAGCUAGCAGCUACAUACAUUCUUUGGUGGUGGUGAAGUUGAGCGCAGUGUAUUUGACGGAGGCGGCAGUUCACCGUGCCGGUCCUCUCACAGUCACUCCGGAGCCCACUUCGCUGCCGGAGUGUCUCUGGCCUAGGCAGAGCGGACAGGCCGCUGAGGCCGGGUGUUUGCAGGGGCGGGCUGGUGGAGUGUGGGGCAGCCUGCCCUGCAGACACCCGCAUGUCUGCUCUGCCUAGCCCAGAGACUCGGGAGGAGCAGCAGGCAGGCCGAGCAGAAGGGACUGCGGCAGCCGAAGAGGUCGUUGUGUUUACCGGGGAAACUUCAGCUCACAAUCUGCUGUAUCAGCAGCACCGCUGGCUUUGUGUUUGUUUGUUUGUUUGCGCUCGGUUUGUAGAACAGACACAACCAGAGCUACACAUAGCCUAAUACAGCCUCUAUGCUUGACUCAAACUGUUUACUCAUAGUCCCCAGUUUCCCAUUACUCAACACACCGAUAAACAAGGCUGCUCUCUACACUUAUGUCGUGCACACGAAUUAAAGAACACUUUCAAAAUGUAUUUGUGUAAAAACCAUUUGGAUGGGGAGCAGCUGAAUGUUUCCAUUCACAUGAUGGGUAUGAAGUAGGAAAAUAAAGGUAUCGAAUGAAGUACUCUCUUGGUAUUGGUAUCACUUUAAGGGUACUGGUAUUAGUACUGGUAUCGUAUUUUUUUAAACGAUUUCCAGCCCUAAUAGCAAAACAAUAAUAAUCGGAUUUUCUAUGCUUACAGACAUUUAAGGAUUUCUUUUCAAGUUUUGCAAGGAAAGGAUGUAAAGUUGUAUACUGGGAGGAUUUUGUUCCCAUUUCAGAUUUAGAAAAUAGUUUCUGGCUCUGAUUUUAACAGCUUGAGGGAGACAUACAGUAGCCUGUAACCCCAGACCCACAGUCAGAAACAACAGAGUAAUUAUCAUAACCAUAACCCCAGGGAACAGGAAAUGACUACGGCCAGACCAGAUCAGGAGGUCUGUCACAAUAAAAGUACCUUCUGCCUUUGAGUUUCACUGGGACGAGGACAGGUUGAACAGACAGGAAGUCCUGCUAACAUGAGGACUCUCUGGCCUCCUGGUUAGGACGAGCUGUGAUGUGACAGCACCCAAGGGUGUGGGAAACAGUAUCAAGUUUUAGACUAGCUUUGAGCUACACUUUCUUUCUCUCUCUCCCGCUCUCUUUAUCUUUAUAUCUUCCUCCCCGUAUAAUUAGCAAGAUUAUUAUUUUUGUAGAGAAAUGGUAAUAAUACUAAAAAAGACUUUUAUUACUGUACAGCUUUUGUAUGAGUAAAUGGUGAAUGGACUGUACUUAUAUAGCGCCUUUCUAGUCUUUCUGACUACUCAAAGCGCUUCAAACAGAACAGACGGUAAGAUGUUACAGUGUUUUUGUUUGACCUCAACUGUGCUGUGUGUAAUUGUUUUAUGCAUUUAUAAUCAUAUUUAUUAAAUGGAAAGAAGUCUGUUAACUGUGUUCUAAUUUUCUUACAAUAUUUGUAAAGAAAUAUAGUACUAUGUAUUUGCAGAAGUAAUAUUCAACCUAUAAAGAAAACGAAACAAA